UGAAUGGUGAUGUGCUAGUUACUCACAUGUGUCACGCGUGCGAAGUGAAUAGGUGAAUAAAGUGAGUGAGGAGAGGGAAGAGAGUGGUGGGAAAAGGCAAUUGAUGGCGUUAAUGCGGUAGACUAGUGUAAUGGCCUUGUAUCUGAGUUUUUCUGGUCAUCGGUGGGGUCUACUUCCUCCCAAGCCGGACAGCUAUUACUGAUUCUACUUCCGUCCCCACCCACACACCCUCUUUCAAGCUCUCAUUCAUGGCUUCUUCUUCUUCUUCUUCAUACUCUCUCCUCCUCCUCCCCUAUAUUUCAUUACCCUGUAACCUUUUCUGUGUUGUCUUUCUUACUCCACAUUCACUCGUUUCAAAGCCUAUUACUUUCUAACCACUCUUUUCAUUAAUUCUCUUCUGUCUUUCGCCUCUGUCUUUCCACCAUUUGAAUCCUUUUUAUGGUUUCCUUAUUUGGGAGCUACUUAAGUCAAGGCAUGAGAAAAAGGGUAUCUUUAAGACUCAGUCACAGUAUCAUUUGCUUACAAGUGCUUCUGCUGUCCUUCUUUAACCUUGAGUUAUGUUCCAGCCAUAAUAGUUACUAUCCAGCAUUGGCAAAUCAUCGAAAAGAUGAUAUGUUACCACAGAUCUCCCCUAGUGGAGCUCCUCAGCCUUUUCUUCCCCUUCUUGCGCCAUCACCUUUGGCACCGUUCACAAAUACAUCUUCCCCGAAAUUAUCAGGGCUAUGUUUGUUGAACUUUACUGCUGCUGAAAAUUUGAUGAGUACAACAUCAAUAGAUUGCUGGUCUGUGUUUGCACCAUUGCUGGCUAAUGUGAUUUGCUGCCCACAGAUGGAAGCCACUCUUGCAAUUCUCAUUGGUCAGUCGAGCAAGGAUACCAAUUCACUUGCUUUGAAUGGAACCGUUGCUAAACAUUGCUUGUCAGAUAUUGAGCAGAUCUUAGUUGGUCAGGGUGCAAAUGACAGUCUUAAGCAGAUAUGCUCAAUUCAUUCAUCAAAUCUAACUGAAGCGUCCUGCCCAGUCAAAGAUGUCGAUGAGUUUGAGAGUACUGUGGAUACAUCUCAGUUGCUUGCUGCUUGUGAGAAAAUUGAUCCUGUUAGAGAAUGCUGUGAUCAAGUUUGUCAGAAUGCGAUAUCUGAAGCUGCUACAAAAAUUUCAUUGAAAGCUUCUGAUCUUUUGAGCAUGGAUGGCUCUAAUGUGUUACCUGCACACUCAGCAAAGGUCAGUGAUUGUAAAAGUAUUGUGCUGCGGUGGCUGGCAAGUAAACUCUCUCCUACACAUGCUAAGGAAGUUCUUAGGGGCCUGUCUAAUUGCAAAGUUAACAAAGUUUGUCCUCUGGUGUUCCCCGACAUGAAACAUGUCACAAAGGGAUGCGGGAAUGAGAUGAGUAACCAGACUGCAUGCUGCACCGCCAUGGAAAGCUAUGUGUCCCACUUGCAAAAACAGAGUUUCAUAACCAACUUGCAAGCUUUAGACUGUGCAACAUCAUUGGGAAUGAAGUUAAGAAGGUCAAAUAUUACAAGUGAUGUAUAUGGGCUUUGUCAUAUAAGCCUCAAGGAUUUUUCCCUUCAAGUGGGAAAUCAAGAGGUUGGAUGUCUUUUGCCAAGCAAGCCAUCCGAUGCUACAUUUGAUGUGUCUUCCGGAAUCAGCUUUCUUUGUGAUCUCAACGAUAAUAUUCCCGCACCCUGGCCCAAUUCAUCUCAAUUUUCAGCUUCUUCGUGCAAGAAAAAUGUGAAGAUUCCUGCACUUCCUGCAGCCACAUCUGCACAAAUUGGUCUUCGCGUUGACCAAAUGGUUCCAUUUUCAUUGGUUGCAUCCUCAAUGCUCCUAUGGAAGAAGCUGUUGUAAGAUUGCCUAACAGGAAAACAAUGUUAGAUGAAACACAAGAAUUAAAAUCGGAUUUUGAGUCGUCAAACAAGUCUCGUCCGUUUACAGAAGUCAUCUCAGCCCAGCCUGCUAGUGAAGGGAACAACCUUUUUUUGUACCAUGAAGAGAAAAACCGAUGCCUAAAUGUGUCGUGUUUUACUAAUAUUUCGAUUAAUGAUUCUUGCUUAUUGCUUUGCUUUGUUUUCUUUCUUUUUGUAUAAUUAUUAUAAUAAUAAGUUUCUUGUAAAGGAAUAUUAGGAAUGAUCAGAAAUGCUAUAAAUUUGUAACUACCACGAAGAUUAUACAUAUAUAUUCAGCAUGUAAAAAGUUUCCAAUCUAAUUGAUACCCCAAAUAUAUUUAUAUUAAGAAUUUAUCACAAA